GCAGACCGAAAAGUUGCAGCGAGUUAUCUCGGAAUAACCGUUAGGAGUAUUUACUCGAGUUCAGAGAAUGCCAGUGUGUCUUUGAGGAGGAACACAGCAUCUUCAAGUAUGAGCUGGGCUGUAGAAGAGUGGAAGGAUGGCCUUCCUGCAAAGGCCUUGCAAAAGAUCCAGGAAAUUGAAGGUCAGCUUGAUAAGUUAAAGAAGGAUAGACAACAGAAACAAUUCCAGAUGGAUUCCCUUGAAGCGACUCUACAGAAACAGAGGCAAAAGAUGGACAGUGAGAAAAGUGAAGCAGCUGCUCUAAAGAGGGAAAACCAGUCUUUGGUAGAGUCUUGUGAAAAUCUGGAAAAGGCUAGACAGAAACUUAACCAUGACCUACAAGUGAAGGAGCAACAGGUCAAUUAUCUGGAGGGGCAACUCAACUCAUGCAAGAAGCAGACUGAUAGACUAGAACAAGAGGUCAAAAAGUACAAAAAUGACUUGGAACGGUCCCAAACUUCACAUAAUGCAGAAAUCCAACAGUUUAGUACACCACAAAAAACCUUUGCAACCCCUUUAACACCUAAUCAUUGGCAACAGGAUUCCAAAUUUGGCGACUUACAGGAAAAGUACAAUCGAGAAGUUGAAGAGCGGAAAAGGUUGGAGGCGGAAAUCAAAGUCAUGCAUGUAAAACUUCUAAACCAGUCUUCAAUGAGCCAUAAAGACAUUGCACGACAGCAGGCAGGUUCCUCUAUUUUUCCUUGGCAAAAAGACCAAACACACAGUCAUCAGUCACUUACUGUGAUGGAGACACCCUCGAGGAGAAGAAAUGGACCCUCUGGGACUUCGUGGUCUUAUGAUGACACACCUAUAAAACCACACCAGCAGUGUGCAUCAGGGACUCAAAGUGACACAGCUGGCUCACAGCAGAUGGAACAGCUUAAAAAUAUAAACCAAGAUCUGAGGUCAAAGGUAUCUGAAUUAGAGCUCCGUCUUCAGGCUCAAGAGAAGGAUGUGAAGAAUCAGAUCAAUAAAUUCAGUGAAACUCAAAGUCAACUUGAGAUGGUCAAGAAAGAUCUGGCAGAGAAGGACAAACUCUUGAGCAAGUCCAGAGAUGAACUUACUAAGGUUACAGGCCAAUACGAGCAGUCCGUUUCUAAGUGUUCAUCAGUUGAGCAAAAGCUGAAGCAGGUAACAGAGGAGAUGAAAUGUCAGAGGCAUAAUUCUGAGAGCAUGCAUCGAUCUCUAGAGCAGAAAAUCAAGGACCAGGAGAGAGAGAGUCAAAAGGAAAUUGCACAACUUCAAACCUCUCAUCAAACUCUUGAUCAGCAGUUUAACCAGGUGAAAAAUAAAAUGACUAUGGAGAUCCAGCAAGCCAAAAAAGACUUCAAUGUUUUGCAAUCAGAUAUGGAUAAGGUAACUGCGCUAAAAAAUCGACUGGAAAAAGAUUUGGAGGAGCUGAAACAGAAAAUGUUCAGGUCUGAGCAAGCGCUACAGGCCAGUCAAGUGAAGGAGGCAGAGUUGAAGAAGAAAUUCGAUGAUACACAGAAAGAGAAGAAUACUCUCAGUUGUCAGUUAGACCAAGGAACAAAGACAGUCAAACAACUUGAAGAGGAAAAACUAAAGAUUGAGCAAAGCCUUGCCAAAAUGCGCAUAAUGGUGGAUGAUUUAAAAGUGAAGACGCAAACUCAAAGUGAAGAACUGACUGAACUUCGGAAAAAAAUGGACCAUCAAAGUACAUCAUCUGCUCAAGAAUUGGAAAAUGGCAAGAAAAAUCUAGCUGAAAUGGAAGCAAAGAAUAUCAAAACUCAGGCUGAGUUGCAAAAACUAGUUUAUGAAAUUGAACUUAAAGAAAAUAAUAUAUGUGCUGUGAAGAAAGAAAAUGAAGACCUCAAAAUGACCACAAGCUCCUGUCAAAAAGAAGUUGCUGAGCUGAAGAAAGAGUAUCAGGCUCUUCUGCAGUGGAAAGCCGAAAAGGAAGAGUUAAUUAAAAAUGCUGAAUCAAAUCGUGAGGAAAUGCUGAAUAAAAUUGCAGAUCUGGAGAGGGAUAUGGCUGCACUCAAUGCUACUUAUGAUAGUCUUCACAAGAAGCUGCAAGCUUCAGAAAAUGAGAAGAUUUGCCUCUCUGCUCAAAUUGAUUCACUCAAAGGUGAACUUCUUAUAAAAUGUGUAGAGCUGGAGGAAAAAGGUAGAGUGUAUGAGGAGCUUCAACAGCAGUUCAGUGAGACACAUCAGAAACACAGUAAGGAGAUGCACAAUUUGAAGCAGCAAAUCACUCAAAUGCAAGAACAAAUUAGGGAGCUUGAAGCUAAACUGCAUCAGGAAACAAGUAAGGUGGAUGGAAUGGAGCAGGCACAUAGUCAAAUUCUUACAGAGUAUGAAAGUGCCUGUGAUUUGGCUAAGUCAAAAGACUCCAUCAUUGAAAUGAACAGAACUGAGGUUGCACAUCUUCAGGAAUCACUUGCCUUGCGAGAGCAGGAAUUGGAGAAAUUCAAAGAAGAGAAAUGUAUCUUGGCCAAAGAACAUGAAGACUGUCUCACCCAAAACAAAGAGCUAGAAGAGGCCAAAUUUAACAUGGAAAAAUACCAAGAGGAAGUGCUUGUUAAGGUUGACUCCCUGGAAUCAAACCUGAUGCUCCAAAAAAGUUUAAAUACAGACAUCCAAGGAAAGUUUGAUAACCUUUCUAAAGUCAAAGAGGAUCUAGUAGAGAAAAUGUCUUUAGUGGAAAAGAGAGAAAAAGACCUUCUUAAUGAGGUUGAAUCUCUGCUACAAAAGUGCAAGUUUUUGAGUUCUCUUGAAGAGCAGUUUAACUGCCUUGCUGCUGAGGCAGAGGAAACUAGAAAUUCUCUUGAAAAAAUAAAGGAGCUACAAGUUCAGACUGCCACAGAGUUGGAAAAUCAGAAGACAAUAGAAGAGAAUCUUGUGAAAAAUAUAGAAGAUGAAAGAAGGCAGGCAUCAGGGUUAGAACAAGAUAACACACAACUCAAAGUAAAGUUACAGGAUGUUGAAAAUGAAGCAAAGGAUCUGUCUGAGAAGUAUGAAAGCCUCCAAAAAGUUCACAAUGCUGCUUGCCAAGAGAAAGAAGAUCAUCUUAAUCAGUUAUCUAUGUUGUCAGAAGCACUUGUUGAAAAAGAUGCAAUGGCAGAAAAGUUUGUGCUAAUACAAACUGAGCUGGAGGCCUCAAAUAAGUUGUGUUCCACACUAAAUAAUUCUCUAGAGAGUCUUCAGAAACGGUAUGACUCUUCUAAUGAGUUGACUUUAAGCCUGGAAAAACAAUUACAAGACAGAUCUGAGAAAAAUGCUUUAUUAGAGACAAGAAUCAAGGAGCUCACUGAAAGACAUGGCCAGGAAUCUGAAGUUUACUUGUCCGAAAAGGAAGCUCAUCUUAAAAACCAGAAGAAUUUAGAGAAGAACAUUGAUAUUCUUGGGGCAGAAUUAGAAAGUAUACGUCUGGAGGUCAGAGAUGCUUCAAAAAACCUGGAAGAAACUGUUCUCGAAAAGUCAAUGUUGAAGCAAGAUCUUGAUUUAUCUAAGGAUAAACUCGAGGAGGUAACUGUUUCCUAUCAGAAAGUUGCACAGGAACAUAACGAUUUGAAACAAAAUGCAUUGCUGCAAGAGCAUGAGAUCAAAAGUCUUGGAGCUGCUCUAACAGUCUUGAAAAGCCAAGAGGAAGCAAAAUCCUGUGAGAUUAAAACAUUGAAAGAAAAACUUAAAGAUGCUGAAUCAGAGCAAGCUAAAGCUCUAGAGGCAUUGAAAGAAAAAAACAUAAACAUGAGCAAAAUCGAAGUACAGCUUGAAAUGCUUCAAAUGGAUCUUGAAGAUAAUGAAACCUGCAUUAAUACAUUUGAUGCACAAGUAGAGGAGCUACAGGCCAACAUCAGUAUUCUUGAAGCAAAGUUAGGUGAGAGUGAGGCACAGAGGUCUACGCUACAAACAGAGCUUGAGUCAGUCAAAGAAGACUAUACAAAGAGCACCCUUGAAGUGUCACAGCUAUCUGCCUGUUUGAAGGAAGCACAGAAGGAUCAACAAUCUAUUUCUGUGUUGGCUUCUGAAUUAGAGUAUCUUCGGGUAAUCCAUGAAAAACUUCAAGUUUCCCUAGAGCAAGAAAUUUGUAAGCAGACAAACCUUGAAGUGAUGUAUAAUAACUUGGUGGAGCAGAAGCUGAAGUUGGAAUUAGAAAUCCAGGAAUUGAAAGCAGAUGCCCAGAAUUCUAAAGAGCAAAUGGAUAAAUUAAAGCAGGUAAACUAUUCUCUGGUAUCUCAGAUUUCUGAACAGCAAUGUCUGAUGGAGCAGCUUCAGUCUAAGAAGAGUUUCACAUUAAACUCUGUCCAAGACACACUGGAUAACGAGCAAACUUCAUGCGAGAAUGACCCAGAUGUGCUGCAAGAUAUUUGUGAAAUGCCAUUUGCAAACACAUCUAUUUUGCCUUUUGAAGAAGAUCGUAUUCUCAUGAGUAGUUCAUCUACUGAUGAGCAACCAGAUUCACAAGAAAAGUCCAAAGAUCCCCAAUUAGCCCCAUCGUCCGAUGAGGAGGCCAAACAUUUACCCCAUGAAGAGCAAAUGCAAAAUAAAUAUAAGGAGCUUGAGGAAUUAUCUUGUGUUCUUAAGGAGACUAUCAGAACCAUGGAGGAGCAAAUGGGGGUUAAAAUAGAGCAACUAAAUGUAGAGCAUGCUAAAGAGCUCCAGAGCAUGGAAGAGCAAAUGCUUAACAUUAAAAAUGAAUUGGAGGCUAAGCUCAGCGAUGAAAAACAACACACAGAGAUCUUAUCCUCACAACUGGAAGCAACCAUGCAACAAUUGCAGGAGUUAGACAUUGCCUCAUGCUCCUUGCUGGCUCCUGAAACCUCACAGGGAAUGGAAAAUAUUGCAUCCGAAGCACAAGAGAACAUAAUACAGCAUCCUGAAAAGUUCUUAACUUCAGAUAUGAACAUUGAGAGUGAAAAAUCACUUUUGGAACUUGCAACAAUUAAGGAAAGUCUAAGAAAGCGAGAAGAUGAUUUUCUUCUUUUGCAGUCCAAGUUUGAAGUCUUGGUAUCUGAAAUGGAUAUUAGGAAAAAUCUGUGCUCCGAGUUGGAGGGCAAAGUUUGUGAAAUGGAAAAAGAAAAGGAAAACUGCAAAGACAAUUUUAAAUCCAUUUAUGAGGAAAACCAGAGACUGAAUAACCACAUUGGAGAAUUGACCCAAGAGAUUGAUUCAUUGAAACUACAAUUGCAGACCUCCACAUCCCAGCUGUCAGAUGUAAUGGAGAUGAUGGAAAGCUUAGAAAUAGCUAAAGGUGAGUGGAAUGAGAAGUUUUUCCAGAUCGAGAGCGAACUGAAAAGAGUGCGGUCAGAGAAAUCCAAUCUUGAGAAGCACAUCCUGUCCAUGGAGGCUGAUAUAGAGGAGAUACAAGAACAGAAACAGAAAAUAGAAGCAGAGCUUGAAGCUGUGAGAAGAACAAAUUGUAGCCUUGAACAACAACUUAAUAUCACUAUAACAGAGGGUGGGAGACUUAAAGAAGAACUUGUUUUGUGCGCAGAGGAGAGAGAUAUUGAAAAUCACUCCUUAAUGAAGUGGAAAGAAAAGGCUGAGCUUCUUGAAAAGAGAGACACUGAUACAAGAGAACUAAUAAAAGUGCUAGAAGAGGACAUUAGGAAUGGAAAAAGGCAAAAUGAGGCAGCAUCUAAUCAAAUUGAUGUCCUGCUUAAGCAAAAAGAGCAACAAAUGCAGCUCUCUCAAAACCUUGAAAAUACAAUGGCUCUCUUGAAUGAAGACAAUAAAAAAUUGUCUUGUGAACUGAACAAUUUUAAGAAUGAUGAGGAUUUUGCCUCAAGAGUGACUGAAAAUAUGUCUUCAAAAAUCCAUUCACUUGAGGAUGAGAAUGUCAGGCUAUCCCAGUCCUUGGAAUCCUCCCUCUUGGAGAAAGGUGAAAUAGCCUCCAGGUUGAUUUCUACUCAGGAGGAGGUCGCUCAGAUGAGACAGGGCAUUGAAAAAUUGAAGGUUCGAAUUGAGUCUGAUGAAAGAAAGAAAAACCAUAUGAGUCAACUGCUCAAAGCUGCGCAGAGGAAGGCAGAUGCCCUUCAGGAUAAUAUUGAAAAGCUUGAGAGAGAUAAAGAACUUUCUGACCAGAAUCUGGAGGAUGCAAUUCUUGAAGCAGAAACUGCUAAAGCUGAGCUUGAGGAAAUAAAUGCUGAAAAGCAAGAGCUUACCAAAAAAAUUGAAGAGAUGAUGACUGAGCUGAGGGAUCUCAAGGAGGAGAAAUAUAAACUUGAGCAAGAAAUUCAACAAAAGAACAUCCUGAUUGAGGAACUUCAGUUCUCCAAUCAAGCAGCAUCUAAAAAGCUUGAAUCUAUUGAAAAGGCAAUGGAAGAAACAACACUGAGUCAUCAACAAGUAAUAGAGGAUUUCCAGUUGAAAGUUGGUGCCAUGGAGGGGGAACUUAAACUCUGUAGAAAUGACCUAGAAUCCAGUGAGCUAAAAGCACAGGAUCUGAUUUCUCAGCUGCUGUCUUCGCAAUCUGAAAACAAAGAGUUUGCACAGAGAGUCCUUGAAUAUGAAAGGAGUCAGACAGAGCUCCACUCAUCAAACCAGUCACUCUUGAAAGACUUUGAAAACAGACAGCAGAAGCUCAUCAUAGAAAAGGCAGAACUUCAGUCACAAGUUGCUGAACUGCAGGCACUGUCUUCAGUUCAGGAAGAAAGAGAUGAACUGCAAAAGGAGAAGGUCCAGCUGCAGUCUACCAUUGCACAGAUGGAGGAAAAGGUACAGACACAGUCUACCAAGAUGGAGGUCAUGCAGACAACUGAAAUAGCUCUUGAAAAUAAUAUCCAACAGCUGGAGAGCCAACUCACUGCUAUUAACCUCAUCAACACAGAACUAAAGGAAAAGAUAAAUGCACUGCAUGAGAGCAGUUUGCAGCUUCAAAUGCAACAUCAGCAAAAACUGUGCAAGACCAAGGAAAUGCAGAAUGCUAUUGAGAAUAAUCAAAAUCUACUGACUUGUCAACUCCUGGAGUCUCGGCAACAAACUGAAACAUACAAGAUAAGCUUGGAAACACUGACAUCAGAGAAAGAAGAAUUGCAAAGAAAAUUAUCUGAUAUCCAAGAAAGUCAUUGUGCUCAGAUGAAGGAAAAUAACAGGAGACAUGAAGAGAACUUGAAACAGCAGCAUGAGAUAGAGAUCAAUGCAUUAAAGGAAAAAAUGAUGGCAGUUGAAGAAAAGGCUGCACAGUAUCAAUCAGACAUUAACAGCUUCAAGUCUCAGAAUGCAGAUGUGGACUCUACUUUAAAGGAGUUACAAAUCAAAUUGGAAAAUUGUGAAAAAGAAAAGGCAGAGUUGGACUCAAAGGUUGUGCGCUUAUCCAAAGAGAAGGACAAUGCUAUGAGUAAGAUCAAUUUGUGGAUGAAGUCAUGCAAGCAGCUGGAGAACGAGAAGCAGACACUUUACGAAGAACUUCAGCAGCAGAGAGAGCAGAUAGCACUACAGGCCUCUCAGAAACAAGGUACUGGCAGCAGCAGUGAUGCCCUACCAGAAGAGCUGCAGGAACUGAGGGAAGCUCUGGAGGAAAAGAGCCGUGAGGUGGAUGAAAGCAUGGAUCGAUACUGCAGCCUCAUGGUCAAAGUUCACAAGCUAGAAGAAACCAAUGAAAGCCUCAAGAACCAGGUGAAGCAGUUGAGCACCCGGGCAAAGACACCCAAGGGUAGGAGGUCCCACAGACUAGAGAAGAGUGACCUGGAAAAUAAUAAGCCAGUGGGAGUCACUGAGAGUGGGCCAGCAGGGAAGAGGCAGAGAGCAGCCGAUGAAACCCCAAACAAAGCACAGGAAGCCCUGCACAACAUCGCCAAGAGACUCAAAGCUGCAACUGCCACUGCUAAUGCCGCCCAAGAUGAUGAUGAUUUCAGACCAGAGGGUUUGCCUGAACUCGUGCAGAAAGGUUUUGCAGAUAUCCCAGUUGGAGAGAUGAGUCCAUUCAUCAUUCGGAGAACCACAGCGCAGCGCUGCAGUCCUCGCCUGGCGGCCCAAAUUGCAACAGCCCAGCAGAGAUCUGCAGAACACCCUCUGCAAAUCCCCAAACAGAAAGCAGUGGGCAGCAUGUCAACUACAGUCCUGAUGCCCAAGACUUCACAGAGCAGCACAGCUGUAUUAACUGCACUCACCAACAGUCCUCGAGAAAAGAACUGUGAAAGCCCUUUGGCAGCUGCAGAGCAGAAAAUAACCAGGCGCUCACGUAGCAUCAAGAAGACACCUGAGAAACAGGAACGGGUCAAUGCCACUGAAAAACAAAAUGACAACUGCCAAGUUCAGUGAUUACAGUGAUGCUGUGUAUAUUUGAAUAAACUGUAAUCUGCAGAAUGUAUAUUGAUGGCAUUCAAUGCAUGCACUGGCUUUUUAGCUUUGUAAGUAAUAUUCGAGGGCAACUAUAUUAUAUGUAUCCUAAUUUUCUCUCAUAUUUCUCAUUUUCCUACAUCUCAAAAUGUCUAUGUUGUUGGUUAUUUGAACUACAAAACUGAUGUGUUAUCAUUAACAAUUUUAUAAAAAUAGCUGUUUUGCCUUCUAGUAUGUAUUUUAUUUACCUAAUUUCCUUUGUUCCUUUUUUAAUAUAGAAUCAUUACAGCCAUCACUCCAUAUUGUCAUUUUUAAUAUAGAAUCAUUAGAACAUCACUCCAUAUUUACAGUGUAUCAUACUGUUUAAAUGGCAUAUGGUAUUUCUUCUUAAAUCAAUCAUCCUUGGAAAACUGUGUAUGCUACAUACUUGGGUUUUUACAUAGAAACAAACUAAUCACUCCAUAUUUACUGUUUGUCUGUGUUUUUUCUGACUACUUGACUAAAGUUUGUC